AUGGAGAAUAGCACAGAGGUGACCGAGUUCCUCCUGCUGGGACUGACUGAUGACCCACACCUGCAGGUUCCCCUCUUCAUCACCUUCCUCCUCAUCUACACCAUCACUGUGGCUGGGAACCUGGGGAUGAUCCUGCUCAUCCUCCUGGACCCUCGUCUGCACACUCCCAUGUACUAUUUCCUAGUCAACCUGUCUCUGGUGGACUUUUGCUCCUCCUCAGUUGUCACUCCCACAGUCAUGGGUGGGCUCCUUACAGGAAACAAGGUCAUUUCCUACAAUACCUGUGCUGCUCAGAUGUUCCUGUUUGCAGGUCUUGGUACUGUGGAAAAUUACCUCUUGACCUCCAUGGCCUAUGACCGCUGUGUAGCAGUGUGCAAGCCCCUGCACUAUACCACCUCCAUGACCACAAAUGUGUGUGCAGGUCUCAUCAUAGGCUGCUAUGCCUGUGGCUUCCUGAAUGCCUCCCUGCGCGUUGGGGACACAUUCGUUCUCUCCUUCUGCAACUCCAAUGUGGUCCACCAUUUUUUCUGUGACAUUCCAGCAGUCAUGGUUCUCUCUUGCUCAGAGAAACAGGUUAGUGAGUUGGUUCUUGUUUAUGUUGUGAGCUUCCAUAUCUUUUUUGCCUUCUUUGUCAUCUGGAUAUCCUACAUCUUCAUUUUUGUCACCAUUUUUAAAACGCACUCGGUCACAGGAGCUCAGAAGGCUGUAUCAACCUGUGCUUCUCAUUUUACCUCAGUCUCCAUCUUCUAUGGGACAAGCAUCUUCAUGUACCUGCAGCCCAGCUCCAGGCACUCCAUGGAUACUGAUAAAAUCGCCUCUGUGUUCUACACCAUGGUGAUCCCCAUGCUGAACCCUGUGGUCUACAGCCUGAGGAACAAGGAGGUCAAGAGUGCAUUCUUAAAGGUCAAUCAUGCAUUCAUUUUUUGGAGGCAAAAUAAUUUUUAG